AUGUAUCUUCCUAACCUACCCAUCGAGGUUAUUCUCAUGAUCACACGGCUCCUCGAUUAUGAAAGUGAGAUCAGCGCCCUAAGUCGGACCAAUCACCGCCUCUACAAAGUUCUGGAGGACUUUCUAUACAAAUACCACGUACAGUGCAUCAAUAGCGGUACGGAUGAAGAGCUUGGUAUGUCAGCCUUACAAUGGGCAGCCAAAAACGGGUUGGAUGGCACAGCUCGCAGAGCGUUGGAGGCAGGAGCAGACCCCAAUGCCCAUGAUGUGGUAGUAAUUGCUGCCAGUCAUGGACAUGCCAAUGUGGUCAAAGUUCUCCUGGAGUACGGUGCUGAUACCUCCUAUGAAAGGGUCCCAGAGUGGUCGCGGUCAACGCGGCCCAUUGGGAGAAAUGGAGCUGGCAACGCCUUCUCACUGGCCGCAAGUGAAGGCCAUGCAGAGGUCAUUCGGGUUCUGAUUGCUCAUGGAGCCGACCCAAAGCGGUCGGCGAGAGAUAGUAAGUUCAACCCUUUGAUCCAAGCUGCGCAUGGCGGACACUUGUCAAUUGUCAAGCUCCUUGUCGAAGCGGGCUGUGAUAUCGAGCCUGACAAUUACAACGGUGUGACUCCACUUGCGACCGCCGUUGCGAAUGGUCAUCUGGAAGUUGUCAAAUUCCUCCUCGCUCGAGGUGCCAAUCCGGACCCCAGAUGCUUCAGUGACCUCACCCCGCUCUGCAUGGCCGCGCGACGGGGUCACUUGGAGAUUCUUGAAUAUUUGCUUGACCACGGUGCCGACCCUCAUCCUCGUAUCAACAACGAAACGUCUCUAUAUGCGUUGGCCUGGGCAGCGCAGCUCAACCAUGUGGCAAUUGUGGAAUUUCUCAUGGACCGUUUUGAUUAUCUUCACAUGGUCCAAACGAAGGAGGAGCGAUGCAUUCUCCUCUGUGUGGCUGCUGCAACGGGGAUCGUGCAGUGGGCACAGCACCUGCUGGAUGCGGGUUUGCCCCCCAAUAUAAAAGGGGAUAAUGUCCUUGCUUUUGGGUUGCUCUACAAAGACUUCACGCCACUCGCAUGGGCUGCAGACCGCGGCCAUCUACGGCUUGUUGAGCUGUUGAUUGAUCGCGGAGCAAAUCCAAGUCAAUUCAAUGAGCCGGGUGAUUUCUGCAAUCCUCUCUGGCGCGCAGUUCAAGGAGGCCAUGAAGCGGUCGUGUCACUGUUACUCGACCGAAGGGACAACUCAGCCAAUGGAAAUGAGAUGUCGGUUGCUCUUCAGCAUGCUGUCCAGCACGAUGGUAUUUUCAAACUGCUUCUCGAUCGUGGAGCAGACCCGUUAAAUGACCGUGUAUCUGUCCCGCGGCGUGUCUUGCGCUUUGGGAACGCAAUACAAGUCCAGAUGCUCCAUGACCGGGGAGUCCGGUUUGACAAGCUGGGUAGCGCGUUCCCGCUAUACCUAUUGGCGAUUCGUGCCGGUGAAGCUGUUUUCAAGAUUCUCCUCCAGAACAGAUAUGAUCCUCAACCUGGUGGUCCAGACGAGUACAACAUACUACAAACAGCAGCAACCAAAGGAACUACCGCAGUGAUGCAAACUCUUCUAGAUCGUGGCUUCAACCUCCAUGUUCGUCACUCCGGCAGACCUUUGCUCAGCGCUGCAGCCUCCAGAAGGGACCAAGAAAACGCUGGCGAUAUGAUCGAUCUUCUGCUGCGUCAUGGAGCACGUUUGAACGAGCUGGAUUCAUCAGGUCGCACACCUCUCAUGUGGGUAUGCCGCGCGAAGUUUCGGGACCGGGCACGCAAAUUGCUGGAGCGAGGAGCAGAUCCCUUUGUCAAAGGGGGGACCGGUGAGACCUUUUUUAUCAUGGCAGCCAGAGCUGGGAACUUGAGCGUGGUGAAGCUGCUUUUAGAAUCAUUUGAUUCUUUUGGCUUAUCUGGAGCUGAGAUGGAAGACUAUCUUCACGAGGCAAUCGCCAUAUCGAGUGGCAGUGUUCGGAAGGCGCUGCGCCAGUACUAUUGGCGAGAACAUUAUCGUGGCAACUGA